CUUACAUUUUCUUCAAGAUAUCUGUUUACCAAAUAACAUUUGGAUUAAUGCAUUCUGCUUCUUACGAGAUUAGUUGGAAGAACAUCGGCUAUUCCUAAACAGUGGCGCGGUAUUGUUCAUGGAAUUACAUGUCUAGUUUGUCUGAACAAGAGCCCAGAAGGUAUACAUGACCAAUAAUUAUAUACCCUCAUCUAAAGUCAUAACAAUAAAUUCCCUCCAAAUGGCAUUGAAGUUACAAUGACGUUCCUGCUAGCUAGCUAGACAAAAGAGCACUUUGAUGCCAACUGCCCAAUGGCAAAUUUGUAUCAUUCUGGUGAAGGGAGAGGUUCUGUCAGCCAAUAAGGUUGCACGUCCUGCUGUCACGUGGGUCGGAAUUAGACACACACACACACAGUACUUCCGAAUGCAUCAAUGUAACAUGGGGGGCUACUGUCAAAGGAGGGGAUAUCAGCAUGUAACUUGUAUUGAGUGUUUAUAUUUGUCGAUGCAAGUAGACAGGGGGUUGUUUGGAAAUCGUUCUUAUGCCAUCAACUGUACUCAUAUUUAUGUGUGUUGACGGUUAGAAAGUGAUUACUUGAAGCAAUCAUGAGGCUGUUCAACUUUCUACUAAAAGAUGUAACAUCGAAAGUAGAAUAUUAUUCGAGGUUCUCUCCCUCGCCGAUGUCUAUCAAGCAGUUUCUGGACUUUGGCAGGGAGAAUGCAUGUGAGAAGACCUCCUACGUGUUCCUGCGUAAGGAGCUUGCGGUGCGGGGGGCCAACACCAUGAAGGAAAUCAACCUGUUACCCAGUGACCUGCGUAUCCAGCCGUCCGUCAAACUGGUGCACAGUUGGUACAUUCAGAGCUUUGAAGAGCUACUGGAUUAUGAACACAGGGGUCCGGAGGACAGCCGCACCUUAAAUGACUUUCUAGACACCCUGGUCAAAAUCCGUAAUAGGCACAAUGAAGUGGUCCCCACCAUGGCCCAGGGUGUCAUAGAGUACAAGCAGAAGUUUGGCUUUGAUCCUUUUAUCAGCAGCAACGUUCAGUACUUCCUGGAUCGCUUUUACACCAACAGGAUAUCCUUCCGCAUGCUCAUCAACCAGCACACACUCCUUUUUGGUGAUGACAGAACCACCUCCCAUCCCAAACACAUAGGAAGUAUUGAUCCGACCUGCAAUGUCCCUGAGGUGGUGAAAGAUGCUUAUGAGACCGCUAAGAUGCUCUGUGAGCAGUACUACUUGGUCGCCCCUGAGCUGAACAUAGAAGAGUACAAUUCCAAGGCCCCUUCGAAGGCUAUCCAGGUGGUUUAUGUUCCAUCUCACUUGUUCCAUAUGCUGUUUGAGCUCUUCAAGAAUUCGAUGCGGGCCACAGUGGAGCUCCAUGAGAACAGUAGUGCUGGACUCCCCCAAGUGAAGGCCAUGGUGACGCUUGGAAAGGAAGACCUCUCUAUCAAGAUCAGUGACAGAGGAGGGGGCGUGCCCCUCAGGAAGAUUGACAAGCUCUUUAGCUACAUGUACUCCACCGCCCCCACCCCGAGCCUUGAACCAGGAAAUGGAACUCAGGCUGCACCACUGGCUGGCUUUGGGUAUGGUCUCCCCAUUUCUCGACUUUAUGCACGUUACUUCCAAGGAGACCUGAACCUCUACUCCAUGGAGGGGGUGGGUACAGACGCUGUCAUCUAUCUGAAGGCUCUGUCCAGCGAGUCCUUUGAACGUCUCCCCGUCUUCAACAAGUCGGCGUGGAGACAUUACCAGACUGGCCCUGAGGCAGAUGACUGGAGCAACCCUAGCAGUGACCCACGUGAUGCAGCCAAGUACAAGAUCAAAUAACUCUUGAGUCUGGCCCUCAGGCAAUGCUGCAUGCCAUAGGUCAGGUCUAAGUCACAUGACAGACACAUUAAGUUACCUUCCACUCCUACAGUGAAGCACAGAACUAAAGCACAGCACUGACUGAAAUAUUGUCUCAACAGGUAACAUAUUUAUUUCCAUCAGGCAGGUAAAGCCAAAACACAGUUUUAAUCCAGAUCAUCUUUAUUUCCUUGUGUGCUGGUAUGUUAUUAUUGACCACAGUUUCCAUGGUAGCAGAUUGCGAUUGGUGACCUCCUCCGUCAGAUAGCGUGACUCUGUUAUUAGGUUUAAUAAGUGUCACGUGGGAGUGACACCACGGGAAAUAAUGUACUUUUUCCCUUAAUGCAAAUAAUGGCCUAGCGUAACAGUAUACUGUGUGAAACAAGAAUAUUAGUUUAUCAUUUUAUGGCAGUGUACAAUGGUUUUCAAUAGAUUAACCCAGUGGGCAUUUUCCCAGUUUAGAAAAAGGGAUUAGGUUAAUAUGUAUGUGUUUGUGACAUGAAAUGUUACUCGGGAUGUUAUUUGAAUGCAUGAUGAUGCAAUUUGGUACUGUAAGUUAUUAAGAGAUUAUAAUAACUUUGGAUGCUUAUGAAAUGCAUGGAACAAUAUCUAAAUAAUUUGAGACAUAUCUUACUUUAGAUUACUUAUUGCAUGACAAAAAAUACUCUCGGAAAUGAUUGUUUUGUAUUUAAUAUUAAAAAGAAAAUGUCCGAAAUGUUUUGUUUUUACUGCAUAUCAUAGACAACUGAAUGCAAAUUUGAGCGUUUCACUAAGUAUUUCUAAAGAAAAAUAAAGCCUGGUUGAUGCAAAAUGGA